CCGAAGAUGGCCUCCAACUUCAACGACAUCGUCAAGCAGGGCUACGUACGCAUGCGCAGCCGCAAGCUGGGGAUCUAUCGGCGUUGCUGGCUGGUGUUCAAAAAGUCAUCGAGCAAAGGACCUCGUCGUCUGGAGAAAUACCCUGAUGAGAAGUCUGCCUAUCACAGAACCUUUCCUAAGGUGACAGAGAUAAGCAACGUCAAGAAUAUCACGCGGCUGCCUCGAGAUACCAAGCGACAGGCGGUGGCCAUCGUGUUUACAGACGACACCGCACGCACCUUCACCUGUGAAUCAGAGCUGGAGGCAGAGGACUGGUUUAAGACGCUGUCAAUCGAGUGUCUGGGGACACGGCUCAAUGACAUCAGUAUGGGGGAGCCGGACCUCCUGGCUGCUGGAGUGCAGUGUGAACACACAGAGCGCUUCAACGUGUUCCUCCUGCCCUGUCCCAACCUGGACAUCUACGGGGAGUGCAUGAUGCAGAUCACCCACGAGAACAUCUACCUGUGGGACAUCCACAACCCUCGCACCAAGCUGGUCACCUGGCCGCUCUGCUCCCUGCGGCGCUACGGACGCGACGCCACCCGCUUCACCUUCGAAGCCGGGAGGAUGUGUGACAGCGGUGAAGGCCUCUACACCUUCCAGACCAGAGAAGGAGAGCAGAUCUACCAGAGGGUCCACUCCUCUACGCUGGCCAUCGCAGAGCAGCACAAGAAGGUCCUGCUGGAGAUGGAGAAGAACAGCAGGUUGAUGUCUAUGGGUUCAGAGCCUGGCUCCUACCCCUGCACCCCCACCUCCAUCCUGCCCAGAUCCGUCUACUGGCACCACAUCACUGGAAACCAGACCGGCAUGGAUGGCAGCGGUGAUGCUGCAGAGGACGACCUGAUGUCCACCCGCCUGCCUCCCGACCACCACGCCACGCUGCCCCUGGCAAACGUACACGCACAGUCCCAGUCGCACAUACACACACAAUCCCCGACACACUACCCAACCUACCCUAGACAGUGACACACACACAUACUCGGACGAGAAGAUACGGACGUUGAAAAAGACGCAGAGACAAAUAAAACACAUGCGCAUACAUGCAUGCAAGCCCACACAAUUUACACACACACACUGAUAGAAACACAGACUGUCCUCUCCUUAUGUUAGUUUUACAGCCCAACGUUACACCUCACAGGAGAUGGUGAAGGCAGGACUGACACUCACUGGCCAACAGACCAUGUUGAAUGCAGGAAGUGAAAACUUAA